AUGGUGGUCAUGGUGAGGGCAGCGGCACCCGUCAACGGCGCUGUGGAACUGCGGGAAGACUGGGCACAACUCGCGAACAUUAUAUAUUUUCGAGUAGUGACGCGGCUAUUUCUGAUGUUGAAUGAGAUGGUUUGGUGUUCUCUUGGCACGACUGGCUCACAAUCCCAGUCACGUGUAACGCGGUUUCGAACGGAGAUUGCCGAUAGCGCAACAACAUUAGAUGGACGCAGAUAUUGUCUAUCCUUGCUGUCUCUCCCAACGGUGCCCAGACGCUUUUUUAAUGGGUUUCUCAGCGCGCUGGUCUUCGUCGUCCUUCUGAGCUUCGUUAGCUUCCUCUCCUCCUUAAACAUCUCCAAGAUCUUCCUUGGGCGGGCUGGCCAGAGCGCGUUGGCAGACGAGACGCAGCAGGAUAAACCGCUGAAGAGGAUUAUAGAGGAAGUAGAGGAUGCUGAGGGUGUUCAGAUACCGUACUUAACAGGAUAUAAAGUGCUUAGGGCUGGAGAAGUCGUCAAGCGCAGCGCUCCUUGUAAGAUUUGCCUCUUAGAGGAAAACAAGAGCUUCCGGGACUUCAACGAGAUAAGCGUUGAAACUAAUUAUCACUGUAAGCAGGCUCUAGUAUCUCGUCCCGUCGGCGCUGAUUCCUUUGAGUACAGCUGCCCUCCACCUAGAACGUUCAAGUCAGGUCAUAAUCUAGAAGAUGUUGGCCCAGGGCCCUUCCACAUCUGGGAGAAGGAGACAGAGGAGGAGAGAGCUAGAGAACCUGGGACGUUUGAGCAUCGCCUGGCUACGGCAGCUUUGUCGGCCAGAGUGGGAGUUGAAGAUAGAGAGAGCUUCACGGGAUCUACUAGGAGGAUAGUAUACGUCGUUGAAGAUAAUGCUUCACCACACAGCGCUCAAGAUAUUGUGGCAGAGUACAAGCUGUCUGCUAGCUACCUCACUCCCCAGACCUCAAUUGAAUCGAGCCUCUCUGAGACGGCUAUACGCGACCGAGUCAAGGAUGCUUGGUACAAUAUGCCACAGGCCCAGGUUGACAUUGAGUGCGAGAGAUUCCGUUCAAAGCUUGAGAAAUGCGUAGAGCAGCAUAGAGAUAAUUGUUUCUAUGGAUAA